ACACAAAGCACGGAGGACACAAGAACGGAAGGAAAGGAGGGAUUUCUGGAAGCUCCUUUUUCACGUGGUUCAUGGUCAUUGCCUUGCUGGGAGUUUGGACAUCUGUAGCUGUGGUGUGGUUUGACCUUGUUGAUUAUGAGGAAGUUCUAGCCAAAGCAAAGGACUUCCGUUAUAACUUGUCAGAGGUACUUCAAGGAAAACUGGGAGUCUAUGAUGCAGAUGGUGAUGGGGAUUUUGAUGUGGAAGAUGCCAAAGUUCUAUUAGGACUCACAGAGAGAACUGCUUCAGAACGGACGUUCCCGCCUGAGGAGGCCGAGCCACAUACCGAGCCGGAGGAGCAGGCUCCCGAGGGGACAGAACCCCAGAAUAUUGAAGAUGAAGUAAAAGAACAAAUUCAGGCUUUUAUCCAUGAAAUGGUACACACAGAACAUGGAGAAGACCUGCAGCUGGAAGCGGAUGAAUCUGCAGGAGAACCACAGCCAGAGGACAGCGACUUCCUCAUGGUGCCUGAGCCAGGGGAUAGGUUUGAGGCCCAGGAACCGGGAGUAUUUCAUGAAGAAGUUGAAGAUAACUACCAUGUGGAAGAUAUAGUGUCACAGGACCAUCAUGGCAAUGUAGAAGAGGUGACAUAUGACCAGGAAGACUCAGAUCCCAGUGAACCUGUAGCAGAUGCUGACAGAUUGUACCAGGAUACAGAUGAAGUAACAUACCAAGAUGAUGAUGAACCAGUACACAAACCUUCAGAAAAUGAAGGCCUAGAAAUAUCAGAUAAUACCAUAGAAGACUCCAGAAUUAUUUCAGAAGAAAUAAAUAUUCCCCCCAUGGAAGAGCAGCAGGAUAUACCUCCAGAAUCAAAUAGAAAAGCAGAUGGUCCAGAUCAAAAAGAAAAAGCUAAGAAAAAGAAGCCCAAACUAUUAAAUAAAUUUGAUAAGACAAUUAAAUCUGAACUCGAUGCCGCAGAAAAACUCCGUAAAAGGGGAAAAAUUGAGGAAGCAGUGAAUGCAUUUGAAGAAUUAGUGCAAAAGUACCCUCAGAGUCCACGAGCAAGAUAUGGGAAAGCACAGUGUGAAGAUGAUUUGGCUGAGAAGAGGAGGAGCAACGAGCUUCUACGCAGAGCCAUCAAGACCUACGAAGAGGCAGCCAGCCUGCCUGUUGUCCCCACAGACCUGGUGAAGCUGAGUUUGAAGAGGAGGUCAGAAAGACAGCAGUUUCUAGGUCAUAUGAGAGGUUCCCUACUCACGCUACAGAGAUUAGUGCAACUAUUUCCCAGUGAUACUUCCUUAAAGAAUGACCUUGGAGUAGGAUACCUCUUGAUGGGUGAUAAUGACAAUGCAAAGAAGGUUUAUGAAGAGGUUCUGAGUGUGGCGCCACACGAUGGCUUUGCUAAGGUGCACUACGGCUUCAUCCUGAAGGCCCAGAGCAAGAUUGCUGAGAGUAUCCCCUUCCUCAAGGAAGGAAUAGAAUCUGGGGAUCCUGGCACAGAUGAUGGACGGUUUUACUUCCACCUGGGAGAUGCCAUGCAAAGAGUUGGGGACAAAGAGGCAUACAAGUGGUAUGAGCUUGGGCACAAGAGAGGACACUUUGCAUCUGUGUGGCAGCGCUCCCUCUACAAUGUUAAUGGCCUGAAAGCUCAGCCCUGGUGGACACCCAGGGAGACGGGCUACACAGAAUUAGUGAAGACUUUAGAGAGAAAUUGGAAGUUAAUCCGUGAUGAAGGCCUCCUGGUGAUGGAUACAGCCAAUGGUCUCUUCCUGCCUGAGGAUGAAAACCUGAGGGAGAAGGGGGACUGGAGCCAGUUCACACUGUGGCAGCAAGGAAGAAAAAAUGAAAAUGCAUGUAAAGGAGCUCCUAAAACCUGUGCUUUACUUGAAAAGUUCUCUGAGACAACAGGAUGCAAGAGAGGACAGAUCAAAUAUUCCAUCAUGCACCCUGGAACUCAUGUGUGGCCACACACGGGACCCACAAACUGCAGACUACGAAUGCAUUUGGGUCUGGUGAUUCCCAAGGAAGGCUGCAAGAUUCGAUGUGCCAAUGAGACCAGGACGUGGGAAGAAGGCAAGGUACUCAUCUUUGAUGACUCCUUCGAACAUGAGGUAUGGCAGGAUGCCUCAUCUUUCCGGCUGAUAUUCAUCGUGGAUGUGUGGCACCCUGAGCUGACCCCCCAGCAGAGACGCAGCCUUCCUGCAAUUUAGCAGGAAUCCACUCAGGCUUGUGUGAAUACUCAGGAGAGAUGCUGCCUCUCUGGUUGACUUUGGAUGUGGAGACAGAAAUUCAAACACCGUGGUUCUUCAUUCCCUUGUAGCUGAAGGAUCCCGAGGCUCCUCCUGGGAAGUGAAGCAAGUGUUCAUCUUGCUGCUGCAAUUAAUGAAGAAAGUGCCUGCUGUGUGACAUCCUUGACAGGGCUGCCCUGAUGCCUGCGCUUAUGGAGGACAUUUGACUGCUUCUAUCUCACCAGCCAAAGAUAGUCUUCCAUAUAGAGUAGGGUCUAAACCAAUGUACAAUGACAAUAUAUGUAGAAACUGUGAAUGGAUCACUUUAGUUUGUAAUUUUUCUAUACAGUUAUAUUUUUCUAAGGUAGCUAAACUAGUUUGCUACUAUGUACCAUGACAUUUUUGUUGGCUUUAGUGACAGGCUGUGUAAAUGCUUUACUUCUAUUAAAUGGUAGUUUUCCUAGGGAACUCAGAUAUCUUCCUUUUCAUUUUCUUAGUAAAAGACACUCAUUUUUCUAAGUAAAAACCAACUUUAUUUUCCUAACAUAGAGAAAAUGUACUUAAGCCAGGAUCUAUGCGCUGAAUUCUUGCCAUUGAGUCAGAUUAGAUCCUCAUUAAAUCCAGUGUUUUCUCUUCUUUCCAUACUAAUGUUGAAAAUAUCAAGCUCUUACUUCAAAGAACUUUUCUUACAUUGAGAAAGGACCUGGGAUCAUUUUAUACUAUGAUAUAAGGAUACCACAUGUAUUUUUUUUUUUUUUUAGUAUCAAGUAAUAGGGCUUGAAGGGAAAAAUGUAAAAUUUAUGAAACUAAAAGUUCCCUCCCAGGAUUAGGUGGACAAGUGCAUCUUGGCUAUCUGUGACCCAGGGCUGGGAAUUUCAGUGCCUUUGCACUUGAGUGGCAAGAGGACAAACCCUUCGGUUUGUAAAUAUAAGGAUAAGAAUAGAGGCACUUUCCAGGAAUACCAGAAGCUGUUCCUGGGGCUAGGAAGCAAAGAUUGGUUGCUUCACUGUAAGAGUUUGGAAGGCUUUUCCAUCUUUCUGGUUCAAGAAGCUUCUGCCAUUUAAGCAUAAUUUUAUAAUGAAAGUUUUUAUCUGUGUUUAGUUUGAAUAUUACCACAGCACAAAGAGCAACUGAGAGUCUUGCUCAUUCCAAGGACAAUCCAUACUGUCGUAGAGUAGCAAUGUAUUUGACUCUGUAUUUUAUUAUUAAAGCUAAUUAAUUAAAUUAAAAAUAAAGAAGUUACAGCUAUAUGAAUGCAGUGAUAUCCAUGCACUGAAUUCUAAGGCAGUAUGAACAAAAAAGCUGCAGAAAUAGCAUGUAUUUCAGCAGGUAUCCUACAGUGGUGAUGAAAUACUUUGCUUGCCUUCCCUUCUGAUGUCAAAGGAAGAGCUUUCUGUACCUCAGCUAAAAAGCAAAUCUUUGGCAUUGAAACUGACCCUUUUUUUCUUGGCUUUUAAUAGAAGAGUUUAUAAAAUAUUUGUCCUGUUCCUAAAAUACUUGUGUGUUCCUCCUUUUGCCAGUGUCCAAAAGCCUAGCAAAACAGAUGGGAAGAAUAUUAUCAGUUAAUCACCAAAACCCAAAAAAGAAAACAAACUCUUGAAAACUAAAUAGGUAUUUGUGUUCUUCAGUAUUUAUUAAAUGGGAUAUUACUGACAAGGGCAAUACCAUUCAGUGCUCAGAUAGAAACAUUCCUGUCACUCACUGAGUUUGAUUCUCCAAGUAUAUCGAGUGUAUCCAAACCAUAAGUCCUCAUUGUUAAACCAUCCUCUUACAUUCAUGUAAUGAAAUUAUGGAAAUGAGUAAAAACUAGCUUUUAGCUUAGUAGAUAUAACAUGGCAUUUAAAACAGGGUCACUACAGUAAGACUCUAAAUAUUGCCAGGAGUAUUAUUACUGUUACAAAGGGCUGAUAUUCAUUGAUUCCAAUAACAUUUUGAGUACUUGAAUCCCACAUCUAUUUUUAUGAACCCAAGCAAUAAAAUGGAUUUUCUAAUGCA